UUCUCCGAGCGAGUGAGACGAAACAACAUGCGCGAGAGUAAGAGCGAGAUAGAACAAAAGCAUUCCGCGCCGAUCCUAAAGCCGAUCCAAUCCAGUUUGCUUUUGCUGUAGCCGAGGCUACUUGUGUCGCGUUUCUUAAAUGAUGUAAACAAAACAGUGUUAUUUAUAUGUUUGUGUGAAAAUAUGUGGUGAUUGUGAAUUUGACUUUGGAUUUGUGAGGAGCACUGUAAUGAUAUGAGGCCCGUGAUGGAGUACGUUUUCCUGCUCGUGAUCGGCUCCGCAGCUGCCGAACUGGAAUGGAAGUUCACAAAGUUUCCUGAGCCUGUGACAGCGCCAAUUGGAGAUGUGGUGACAUUCGAGUGCGCGGUGAACGUGCCAGGCGAGCGGCUGGCGUGGCGGUGGCGGGCCGACCGACCCGGGGAGACGUGGGUCGAUGCCGAAGGCAGCAGCGACCGGGACAAGAUCACCACCAGGCUGCUGGUGGAUAUAAAGGACGGGGCAGAAAACGCCCUGUACCAGUGCGUAGUUUGGUACGGCGCCAUCAGCCUCGCCUCGGACCCGGCGCGGCUGACCAUCGCGCGGUUAGAUCUCAGCCGGAACACCAAUGAGACGACAGUCAUCACAGCCCCGCUGCACAACACCGUGGUGCUGCACUGCAAGGAGCCGCUCUCCGAGCCGCCUGCGGAGCUGACCUGGUGGAAGGAAGUCAAGGGAGUGAGACAACCAGUGGAAACGCCACACGGUGUCCUCGUAAUCCACAACGCGACGACUGCUGACAGCGGGACUUACGGCUGCACAGCAACCAACAACCUGAGCGACGAGCACGUUGACCUCCCGGAGAGGACGUAUCUGAGGGUGCAGCAUGAGGGCAAUGGAGGCUUCAGGUUCCUUGAAUCCGAAGGCUACGUCGGCGAGGUCACCGAUGGGAUCCUGACGGUGCCCGUGCGGCCCAACGGAGCGCUGCGUCUGUGGUGCGGGGCCGUGGGAACCCCACCGCCACAAGUCACGUGGUAUAGAGGGACGGAGAAGAGGAAUGGCUUUCGACACGAUCACGAUUUGGUGAUACAUCCUUUCACUGCUGAAGACGAGGGCAUAUACUCCUGCUCCGUCAAUGGCAACGGCCUCCGCCGCUCCUGGCGAGUGCUGGCCCUCCAGCCGCCGUACUGGGAGGGCGUGGCGUCCGGCGUGAACGCCAGCGAGGGCACGCCGGCGCGCGUGGCGUGCGGCGCGCCGCUCGGCCAGCCGCCCCCGCACGUGCAUUGGAUGUUGAACGCUGAACCGGUCACUGGCAAAGGCAUUAAGGCGCAAGGCUCGGAGUUGCGAUUCGCGCGCGUAGAGAAAAAGCACGCGGGCGCGCUGCAGUGCUUCGCGUGCAACGCGCUCGGCUGCGCGCACGACGCGGCGCUGCUCACCGUCGUGCCCGUGCAGAUCUCUCAGGAAUAUUCUGCAGACAGCGCGAAGGCAGCACAUAUUGCGUACCAGCAGCCAAAAAACAAACACAAUAAUCGGAAGAACCCUAAGAAAAAAGCAAAAAUGGUGCCGCCGUCGCGUCCGACCGUGACCCGUAUGUCGGAUGAGAGCGUCAUGGUGUCAUGGUCCAACUCCAGCUCCGGGAUGCCCAUUAGGAUCUUUAAGGUACAAUACCGGGAAGUGACGAACUCAAGCAGCGGGCCGUGGCAAACGGCUAACUCCGAUAUACCGCCCUACAUACAUUCCUUCGAAGUGGAUGGACUGGUACCAGACAGAUACUACAAAUUCCGCAUAGCCGCCGUUUACUCAAACCAGGACAAUACGCAAGGUCGGAGCAGUCCGCGCUUCUACCUGCAGAGGGGAGGGAUCGAGGGGCCGCGGGCCCCGGACCUCAUUGCGGCGGAGCCUGUGUCUUCGAGCAGUGUGAGGCUUAAUUGGACGUGGUCGAGCGGCGGCGGCGUGGAAGCGGAAGGUUUCUACGUGUACUACCGCGCGGUGUCCUCCGCGGGCAAGUACGAGAAGGUGACCGUCGAGGGGGGCGCCGCGCGCGUCGCCAUCCUCGGCCACCUGGCGCCCGACACGGCUUACGAGUGGAAGCUACAGAGCUACACCGCUCAAGCGCCGUCAGAGUUUAGCAAAAUACUUGUCGCAAAAACCCUGCCGAACCCGACCACCCCGAGCACGAGCACGGAGCCGCCGCCCGAAGAGCCGAAGGGCCAGGCGCCCGCGGCGCUAGUGACGGCCGGCGGCGCCAUAGGCGCUACGGCGCUCCUCGUUAUCCUGGUGGUGACCUUACUGCUGUGUCGGAGGGCGAGACGACCUCCUGCCAACAAAGAGAAAGGCUCGGGUCCAGAGAGCGGGGGUGCCAACGGCUACAUACCAGCCAAGGUGCCCAUCACUAUCACCGCCAAUCCUAUGCAUGCUGAGAGCGGCGAUGGAAGCGUGGAGAUGUCGUUCUUGCACAACAACAACUGCGGCAACACGGCCGGCGCCGACGACACCCUGCCGCGGACGCGGAAAAACGGCUCGCGACAAUACGUGUGACUUUGGACUUUAUUAUUACCCACGCAGAGUCCAAUUUUGGAAAUUUAUUCUUACGACUGUUGUAACAACAGCAUCUACUAAAUGUGAUCCGAAUUGGACUUUAUUAUUACACACGCAGGGUCCAAUUUUGGAAAGUAGCAUUACUUAGAAGAACGAUACAGGUGGUCAGAAUUGGACUUCAUUACUGUACGUGUAGUCGGUUCUGCACUUUAUUAUUACACGCGCAGGGUCGAAUUUUGUAUAUUUAUUUUCACGACUGUUGUAUGACUGUCAUGCGAUCAGAAUUGGACUUUAUUGCUAUAUAAGCAUAAUCGAAAUUUGAAAAUUCUUAUCACUGGUGAGAGAGCAGUGAGCUUUCUACUGUUAUUGGUAUACUAGCUGAUAUAUACUUUAUUCCAAUUUACGCAGGGUCGAUAUUGCGAAUUAUUCUUCGUUGCCUAAGUAGAAAAUUUUCUACGAUUUUGAAAGAAUGCACCCCGCGAUAAUGCAAGUAAUCUAAACCUUAUUAUUAUACACGCAGGGUCGACGUUUGUUUCUUAUUACUGUUGCUCCAGGAGAAAGCAUUCUCAUGUCAAUACGGGUAAGUGUGGCUGGCUUCCGCAUUGGGGCCUGUUUACACAUUGACAAGGGCGUAGCCAGCCAGUGAACUAUUGGGGGCAAGAUGAUAUCGCUGGAGGACUAGGAGGGCAGACGCCGCAAGGGGCAUACAUUGUAUGUAAAAUUUGAGCUCUAAGGGAGGGCAGCUGCCCCCCCCCCCCUGCCUGUAUCUGCUUACGACCAUGCACAUUGAUUAUAUAGCGUUUAUUGCAAGUAAAAAAAAUGCUAUGUAGCAAAUAUAUUAUAUGAACUCGGAAUGAACACCCCUGCCUACGCCUGUCGCCUGCGGUAAUUUCGGACCGAUACGACCUUCAAACCUUCAAGAAAAGAGAGUACUCCCGUCUUAAAUUCCGGCAACGCACUUAUACCCCUCUGGUGUUGCGGGUGUCCAUGGGCGGCCUUAAUCGCUUACCGUCAAGCGAUACGUGUGCUCGUAUGCCGCCUCUUACAAAAAAACUAAUCAAUGUGUAAACAAGCCCCAAUGUGAAGGCCAGCCCUCCCCGUAUUGACGUUACAUUUUAAUCGCAGUUUAACUUUAUUAUUAUAUGCGUACGGUCGAAAGUUGUAAAUUCUUGACUGGUAUGGCUUUGAUAUGCAAUAUCAAACUAGCCAUAUUGUUUCGUAUUCGGACUUGAGAGAGUACAAAAUUAUUUAUAUUUAUAUGUUUAGCGUAGGCCGCGACUGUUUUAAUUUUAAUAAGAUUUUUGUUUAGUUUUGACUAGGUAUGGUUUACGAAACAAACGCUUAAUACAAUAACAAUGCAGAUAAGAAUAUGUCUUUAAAAAUGUUUUUGUCAAAACCUUACCACGACUGCCUUAUCAGUGUCAAACUGUCAUAUUCGCUAACAUCAGCGUAACUUACUUUCCUCCCGCUCGAACUAAUAUGCCACUACGGGCGAGAUGCAUAGAAAGUCACGAGUAGUUACUCAGACGAUAGCGAAUAUGUCAGUAUCAAAAUGUAUAAUAGAAUUAAUUCAAUAGUAUUCAAUUAAAAACAAUUUCUAAAAUCUAGGUAUUAAAUAUCGACACGGACAAAGUGCCAAAAUAUGUAUACACGACCUUUUUGCACAUACAUUGAAGUAGUUUGUACAUAUUUUUGGCAAUUAUUCCGUGUUGAUAUUUAAUACCUUCACUGUACGCGUUCGUAUAUCGAAAUAUUGAAGAAGUAGAUGGAAGAGUUAGUUUAAUUAAUUUGUGAAAAUUGCAAAACUUUAAGUCGUUGGGAGCGAGUACGGGUGUGUUAUUUCUUAAGGGCAGGGUUUUCGAAAAGAUAUAUAUUUAUGUGAAAACAAUCAAAGCGUGUAAAAAACGAAUCCAACUACAUUUGUUUUGUAUGAAACCUCUUUCAAAGUCGGUUGACCCUAAAGACAUAAUUAAGGGUGUCAGGAAUUAUGCAAUAUUGAAUCCUAUCACUUUGAGAUAAAGGUUAAAAAGGCGGAAAAUAUAUGCCCCCUGCCGUAUUUUUUUUUUCAUUUAAAAAUAUGAUUCAGGCAACAAGGCCCAUAUUACAAAUACCUUAUAGACUAACAUAUACAUUUUAUAUUAAAAUUAAACAAUAUAAAAGGCUUAAAUGUAGCCUAUCACCCGCACAUUCACCGAAAUUGGCUCAGUAGUUUUGACAUUACGGCGGAACACACACAUACGCACAUAAAAUAGACGUAGUCGGAUAAACAAACUGAGGUGACCGUUAAGAGGAGGCGUAGGUAAACCCAGGUACUUAGAAACGUCGCGCGAAACUUGCGAAGUAAUGGACGAGUUUUAACAUUUCACCUCAAUAACUCUGAAAAUAUUAUAUUAUAUUAAAUAUUAUAACUGGCUAUCAGUAGAUAAUAUUACUAGCUAUCGAGCGAUAUUUAACUUUUAAGGUUUUGUUUAGAGUCUGCUCCUUCAAAUACAGUCUACUUUCUAAGUGGAUUUUUUUCAAAACAUUUCAUCAUAUCAGCCUUUUAUCGCCCACUGCUGAGCAUAGGCCUCUCUUCCAGUACGCCACUUAUCCCGAUCCUGAGCCAAUUUUAAACAGAAGUGGCCCGCAAUCUUCCAAAUGUCGUCCACCCAACGAGCCAACGGACAGGCACUCCUUUCGUCUGAAAGUGGCCACCAUUCCGUUAACAUUUUGGCCCACCUGCCAUCACCCAGCAUAACAUUUACCCUUGAUCAAAGAGUGUAAAAAUCAAAUAUAAAAACUAUACUUUUGUGUUAGCCCGAUUUUUUAUAAUGUACAUAACGUUUUUAUAUCCCAUAAAAAAUUAUAGUCAAAUUUCGAAGAUGUUCGCCUUAAGAGAAUAAAGCCGUGUCUACACCGGUCUCGGGAUAUAAUGACCGCUUUAUGCCUCAUACUAACUAUUAGCAAGAACAAGAAAUGAGUUUGUUCCGCAAGAGCUAUGAAACGCUGAAGUUUCAGUUUACUAUAUGAGUUGGGAACUAUGUUGAGGAGAUUGUUCUUGUCAAAGGCAAACCGACCAGUAUAAAAUGAGCUAGAAUAUAAUUCGUAAUUUAAAAAUAAACCAUUUUUAAAUUGCGCUUAACAAGCUUAAGCUCAAUGAGGGUGCGGAGUGUUAAAGUCGGCGACGAACAUAUCCUCCGGAGUUGCAGGCGUACAUAGGCCACGGAGACUGCUUACAUCAGGCGGGCCGUGUGCUUGUCUGAUCCCUCAGUAUUGAAAAUAAAUGAAAGUUGGGGAAGUUUUUGUAAUUUUUCCUAUCGCGGCAACUUUAACUUAGUAAGGUUGUUUCAUUAAAAUGGGUAAAAAUAUUUAUUGUUAAAAGCAACGUAAACGCAAAAAGGUGGACUUCAUUCCACAGUGCACUUUUUAACAGCUGUCUUACUCACAGGCGUCCUCCGACAUCUGAUAUUGGAUUGGCACUUUUUUUAUACUACGUCGGUGGCAAACAAGCAUGCGGCCCGCCUGAUAGUAAGCGGUUACCGUAGCCUAUGGACGCAUGCAACUCCAGAGGUGUUGCAUGCGCGUUGCCGACCCUAAAUCUCCGCAUCGUCGUUGAGCUCUGGCAACCUUACUCACCGACAGGAAUGCAACACUAUGAGUAGGGUCUAGUGUUGUAUAUUUGGCUGCGGUUUUCUGUAAGGUGGGUAUUUCGCCAGUUGGGCUAUGCUCUAGAUCUGGAAUAACAUCCGCUAUACUGUGCCCUACCACACAAAGCGAGAUGACAUUCACAAUGCCCAAACCUCUUUUUUGGAAGUAGUUUAAGGACUUACCCACUUCAGAUAAUUUCAACCAUUGCGGACCCCCCCGUCACUGUUGGAUCGAUAUUUUUUUGUGUGCGUAUGUGUGGCAUAAUGUUUGUAACGCGUCCCGACUGCGCGGAUGUAGCUAUCCUACAUCCGAUAUCAGAUCGGCUAAUGUGAAAGCGCUCUUAUUACACUAGUCGUCUGAGCGCUCAAAUCACCCGCGCUCGCUUCGCGAUGGGAACAUUAUCAGGAAAGUGUUUAAGUUCCGUAAGUACCUAAUAAAAGUAUAAUGCUAUCGUCGAACUUUGCAAGUCGGUUAGCAAUGAUUUUUAGAGUUCCGUACUUGAAGAACCAUGUUGUUAAGUCUGCUGGCCGUCUGCCUGUCUGCGUCUGCAGAUGUAAAAUGUGUUAGGGUCGGCAACGCGCAUGUAACUCCUCUGCAGUUGCAGGCGUACAUAGGCUACGGAGACUGUUUACCAUUAGGCGGGCCGUAUGCUUGUUUGCCACCGACUUAGUAUUAAAAAAAGUCAUUGUGUACCUUUCUGUUUCCGCUUUAAACGACUAUUACGGUUCAUGAAAAAUAGUUUACUGAUAAACUGAUAGACAAUUACCAAACCUAGAGCACAAUUCAGAUUCAAGAUUUUUUUACGCUUUUGUACUUAUUUUGACACGUCCUAGAAGACCGCUCAUGCUGAUUGGUACAUGCGAAAUGAAGUAAAAGUCGUGCGUGAGCGCAUCUCACGACGCCAACCAAGACGAUCGUCAAAGUCUUAUUAAACCCAGUUCAAAACUGUUACAACCUUUCAGAAGUCACUACACUUAAAUCGACCGGGAUAUAAACCGUGAUUACCUUUUAUGCGAAUGAGGGUAGACCAAGCGCGGUCUACACAAAUUUGACACACACCCGCUAUCUCCAGUUACCCGUAAACAAGAUGCGUGUAACUGCGUCGAUAUAUCGGGAGCUCAAAAACGAUAUAAAAGGUAAUCACGGUUUAUAUCCCGGUCGACUUAAGUGUAGUGAAACUAACCGUGAAUCAUUAAAAAUUGGUUUCAGAAGUCGGACCCGUAUAAUCACGAAAAAAAAAAAAACGGUUUCUCACGAAAAACUGGUAAUAGUCUUGAAACUUUUACAGCGUUUUCAAAUUGUCCAAUUGGAUGACGGAUGAAUGCCCUAUGGCAUGAAGUCCUUCUUUUUGGUGUGUAAGGUUCUCUUUGGAACAAUAAACAUUUAAACAAUUAAUACAUAUAAAUAUGCGCUUUUUAAUUUUUUAUGUCUUUGUGGUCGUAUCCGACAUCCGAUAUCGGACAAUGUGAAACCGCUCUUACUUUCGCGGAGUGUGUGAAAACGUUUCACAUGUCCGAUCCGUUAUCGAAUGUCGGUGACGACCACAAAGAAGUAACAUUUAAAUGCCUUCUUAUAUUUAUUUAAUCAAUUAAUCAAUAAAUUUUGUUCAAAAUAAUGUGUCAAUAAAAAAACACUGUAUGGCGGAUGUUUUUUUCCACUGGUUAUCCGAUAUCCGACAUCGGAUCGGAUUAUGUGAAAAUUCUUACGACUGGAUGGAAUUUAACGUAUUAAGGUGUCAUUCGAUUAGGCCUUGUUGUUUGCAAAAUCUUUUAAUUUUAUUAAUUUCAGAGGUGAACUUUUAUGAAUAAAUCUCGAAUAGGUCUGUAGUGAAUCUCUUUAACUCAUAAAUCUUAUAAUUAAAGCAAAUUUACAUGAAAUUAGAGAAGUUAUGGCUAAGUACUUAAAAGUUUGUUGGCAAUAAAUUUUGUUUUAUAAUUUUAUUUGACGAACCCCAAUUCGGUUAAUGAUCUGUUACGACGAACUUAUUUAGUUUUAUUUGUACAUUUUUAUGUUAUUCUUUAUUUUUAAUUAUAUUAUUUAUUUUCUACGUAAGGUUGUGAUUAACUUUGGCAUUUAUGGAUGUAAACUGAAUAUUCAUUUUGUACUCCCAUUUUGUAUCAAGUUCUAACUUGAUUUGAACAAGAUCUUUGUUUUAUAUAUUACACAUUCAUCAAUAGUCAUUGAGAUAUAUCUUUAUUGGGCAUUACGGGCACUAAAAAUGGUGCUAGUUCAGUGGUGUCACUCACGAAUUCGAGCCAAUCGUGCAGUCAACUAGUUGCGACCAAUCGCGCGCGUGAUGCGAACUUGUCAACCAAUCGCGUUAUGGCGUUAGACUGCAUGACUGGUUCAAAUUCGUGUGCGUGACACCGCUGUACUGGCCCCAUUAUUAUUGCUCGUAAGGCCCAUCCUUAGAUGUAUGUCAAUGUCGAUAGUAGAUUAAAAAGGUGUCGUUCCGUACAAAAGGGUUUAAUGCUGACGUCAUGAAGCGUCGCUUGUGUAUUGGAGAAGUUUUGAUAAUGGCCAUUGGUUGAUUUCUCGAAUUGUAAAGUAAGAGGAACUGGGAAUUUGUUGUAUUCCGUUAUAUUUUUUCCUAGACUUUUAGAUGAUGAUUACGAUUUUUGAGAUGAUGGUGACGGAAUGGAAGAUACGAAAAACUUAUGGAAAUUAUGGGACACCUUUUUUCAUAUUAGGAUCGUAAGAGCUCUUGAUCCAUGCGCGGCGGUAAUCGCUUACCAUCAGGUGAUCGAUCUGUUCGUUUGCCUCGUAUAUCAUAAAAAAAUAUGAGUAGAAAAAAUCCGAAAUAUUCAAAUAAACAGUGUAAUGUACCUACAACUUUAAAACAAAUGGCCUAACUGUAUACCGUGCCUAAAGUUCAUAUUUAUACGGAACGACAAACAGGAAUUUUAAUAUAGUUUAGUCAAGUUUAUAGUUAUUUAAGAAAUUUUAAUUGUAAGAUUAUUGCACUCAAUCGAAGACUGUAUGUAUAAUUUUAAGCUUGCUCCGCUUCAUAAAUAUCCAUUGUCCUAAUUAAAUAUAUACAAUAUCCAGAGCUCGAAAUUUAAGUGCGGAUAGCGGGUCCACACAGAACGAGGCGCCUCGCGAAGAAAUUGCCACGCGAAGCAGCUCGGUCUGCGCGCGGCAAUUUCCCCGAGAGGCAGGUCGUUCUGUGUGGACACGCCUGAUGACGUAAAAAUAACGUGUAAACAAGGAUGAUGUGAAACUAGCUACUGGAAUCAGAUAAUUGUAACAAUAUUAUUGUUAAAAUGACAUGUUACAUGUCAUACAGUAUAAUAGUGCAGGACCUAGUUAAAAUAAAUACUACAUAUAAUUGUGAAAAUACGUAAUUAAUCUUAGCGCCUGUUUCACAAUGUCCAAGUAAAGUUCUGAAUAAGUUACUUUCCACUUAUCUGACGAAUAAAGUCAUCGUUGGCGUUUCACAAUCGUUAAAUAAGCUUAACUGGUAGAUAAAGUGCUAAGAUUUGCAGGAAGUUUUAUAUGACAUUAAUUUAUUUGUUCAUUACCUAGCUAUCCAAUACUUUACUUGGACAAUGUGAAAUAGGCCCUUAAUCUGAACGACGAUGUCAGUCAAAGACGUUAUGUACUGCUCAUUUCAAGUGGCGAUAUCGUUCAUUUAAAGAGGUAGGUAUGCGGUGAUUGUUUACGAAAAUACUAAUUUGAAAUCAUUCUAUGUGUGGUUUGACGUCAUCGGCACUAAAAUUUCGAGCAUGGUAAUGUGAAAUAAGAAAUUAAGUAUUCUAAUAUUAAUUACAUUAAUUCAUUGCAAAUGACAGCUUGAUAUUAUUGAGAAUUAUGAUAUUAGUCAAUUAUUUUAAUUAUUCGCUAUGUUAUUAUUAAUAAGACUGAAAGAAUAAUGAUUCAUGAAACUCAUGAAAAUAUGUAUUGGUGCCAUUAGACUACGAAAAUAUGUAAUUAGUGACAAAAUAUUCUACAAUUUGUGGACCAAUUUUAAUAUGCCUGCAUAUGUUAUUAAAUAGACAUUAGGUGUUGACAGAAUAAGAAAAAGUCCGAUACCAGUUUAUUUAAAUACUAAAAAAAUAUUUUUUGAUUAUUAUUGUAAUCAUAAUUUCUAACUCUAUUCCAUUGUCUCUUAAUGAUGAUUAUGAUACGAGUGCAUGUUAUUUAAACUAAAAGUAUAAAGGUUCUGCUUUUCUGAGUUGAGUCAAAGCUAGCGCACUUAAUAUAGGUGCUUGAGAAUUUUGACAUAUCGGUACAAAUACAAGUCUCAGUACAGUACAGUACCCCUAGUGUAAAUUUGAUCGACAUCAUAACGUGACGAACGCGUUUGCGUUAAGUCUCAUUUUGUAUAGGAUUUUGAGUUUCCAAAACGUCCCGCUUGGCGCGCUCUUUCUAAAUCCAAUACAAAAUGAGACUAAACGCAAACGCGUACGUCACGUUUCGAAAUCGAAUUUAUUUACACUAGGGGUACUGAUCAGGACAAUUGUAAGUACCUACUCUUUAACUUUUGCUAAUAAAAAAAUAUUGACGUUGCCACUUUUCAUAAAAGUGAUGUGAAGUCGAGAUAGCCCAUAGCUCAAAAUAAAUACCUCUAGGAAAACAACAACCUGGAAAAAAGAUCAUGUUACGCACUGUUUUUCACAUAUACACUCGAUGACCACGGCCGAAUCACUCGCUUCGAAAUAAACAAUGUAAGAGACGAGUAAACAUUAAAGAUAGGCAGUUUACUAUCCUUGUUCCAUUAGCGAAAUCCGAGUUCCAUAUAUUUUAUACGGCCUUCUCUUAAUGUCAACGUCUCAAAGCUCCAGAUGGGAUCUCGAUGUUACCUAUAUAAACAUUUUAUGGGUCUUACGAUGGUAAAUUUUUAUGUUGCUAUUGAAUUAGUAAUUUCUGUAAUUUAAAUUUAUUUGCUGAUGUUUCAUUGGUUCCACGAUCACGAUGUGUGGAAAUACACGGCAAUUUAUACUAUAGAAUCAUAAAAACAUUUUUAUUUUCAUACUUUAAAGAGUAACUAUUAAGGUUUUUAGAAUCAAGAAUUCGGAACUGAAAAUUACGGUAAAUUUUGCGUAAACUAUUUUGGAGAAAUGUUAAUUUUACGCGCAUUGGGUCACCCAUUGGUUGGUUGGUAUAUACAUAUAUUUCCGACCACGGCAACUGUUCCAGCUCCGUUGUUGAAUACGUUCGUGUGCUCGCAUGUGGCUCGUGUAGCAGAUUUUAUUUGCGAAGACCCGUGCACAUGACGGGCAAGAAAGCACACCAUUCACGUAAUUGUACGUACUUAAUAGCUGCUGGUGGGCAGGCCUUCAGCUAAUUCCAUCUGAUAUCGAGUUCCACAAGUUGACGGGAUUCAAAAUCAUUUGUUUACUUGACGACGAAAUAUUUCCAUACGGGGUAGUUGGCCGCCUGCUUCUCACCCUAAACUAUGUAUUGUAUAGGUACCUAAUAAAGAGGCAAUCAAUUUUACAUGAAGAUUAAGUCUUAAUUAUAGACUCGUCUCUACCUGUAGGCCUACAGUUUUAUUGACCGUUUCCACUAGAAAAGUUCGGUAGCGAAGUCCGAAUAUUUUUAGCUUCAGGAAAUCACUUCGAAGUUCUUUUAUUCGUAUACUCAAUUGUUUUCGGGCGGUGGAACCGUGGGAAAGAGCUCUUGUACUUUCCUGAAUUGCCUUUAUUUUGUACGGGAACGUACGAUUUUAAAGGUCUAUGUUUUCUUUAAACUUGUGAUUGUUAACGUAGUAAACUAUCUACGAAAAAAAUAUCCGUGUUAUUGAGGGACUUAAAAAAAUAUAACAACUUUAACUAGUUUUGUGUACCUACGAUUUUUUUUUCCCAUGAUGAUAAAACAAAUGUCUUACUAUAUAUAUAAUACAAUUGGACCUAAAAAUGUAAAGACUCGAGAAGGACAAAGAUGAUUGUAGACAUCCAAAACAGAUGGCGCUGUACUGCGCCAUAUAAGUAUUUCGUGGUCACUAAUUGUCAAACGUCAACUUUAGACAAUCAGGUUACCGCUAAAUAUAUGGAGCUGUACAGCGCCAUCUCGUUUACCUGUCAAAUUCUAAGCACGAAAUUGUCUUAGAUUUUACACAUCUUAAUCAAUGUAUCAUUGCCCGAGACUUAUACGAUCGAGGAAAUUGAUUCUUUAGCAAUUUGCGGUUCAAGUAAAUUUGGUUGUACGUACUUAUGCUUAGAGCUGUCCAAUGUAAAGUGAACCGUAAACUAAAGAAUCAAUUUCCUCGACCGUACAUACCUGAUGGAGCAUUCCACGAAAUUGUCUGCCGAUGUCCUGCACAUUCACGGACUUUAAAUGUUGAGCCAUUUAUGGUCCAAGCUAAUUCAAUACUAACGGUAUGAAAUGUCCAAUGUAAAGUUAACCCUAAAUAUCUUAACAAUUUAAGUCCAUGGCUGUACGAACGUGAAUUUUCUGAAGAUUUUUUUUUCUGUCACAAUGUAUGUGAAAGAUACAUCAUCAAACCAAAAUGUGUUUCUACGAAGCAGCUCAUGGAAUGCUCCUAAUAUUCCCAUGGUCUCAAAUUACCUAUCCCAUUACCUUCAGAUUGUACCACAAGAUUUAAUUUAUUUUACAUCUAAGUAUACUUUCUCGGAAGUUAAUUAUGUUUUGAGUGCAUUGCUCUACUACAAACUGCACAACUGUAACGAACAUAACUAACUGUGAAAUAGCUAUACAUCGUAAAUAAUAUUGAGCUGGUAUCAUGACUUAGGUAACCUUUCCUAUAGCGAGAUUGUAAAUAUAAUUGAAAACGCUCUUGUAUGGAACAAGUUGUUCUAACACAAUAAAUUAACAAAAUUUA